AUGCACCAACACGCUGCCGUUCACGGCCUGCGCGCUCGCCGGCACGUCGAGCGCCGGGUUCUGCACAAAGACGUUGACGGGCCGCAGCGUCACGCGCAGCGUCUCGCAGGGCAUGACGGGAAAGUCCUCGGCGCGCGGCACGUGGUUGAGCCCAAACUGCAGCCACACGACGGGGUCGCCGGCCGCCAGCGAGUCCUGCCGCGCGGCCCACGUGCGGACGCCGCCGUCGGCGUCGCGCGGGUCGCCGCGGCUCUGGUUGGUCCAGGUGCCGCCGGCGUAGAGCUCGCCGUCGGCGUAGCGGGUGACGUAGACGGGGUGGUCGGCGAACUGGGCGCGGCGGCGGUGGAAGGAGUCGGCGUCGGCCAGGAUGGGCUGCAUGGGGGGCAGGUGCACCUUGUAGGCGGCGGGCAGGCCGUUGACGGGGUGGCGCACGGCCGGGUUGGUGAUGUGGACGACGCGGCCCGUGGCGGCGGUGUCGAUGUCGAGCGGGCCGCUGGUCGUGAGCGGCGUGGCGGCGACGGUGUAGCCGACGCCGUGGGGGUUGAGCCGCGGGUCGCGCGGCAGCGCCAUCGUGUCCUGGUAGACGACGGUGUUGCCGUGGCCGGCGACCAUGGGGUCGACGCGCAGGCUGAAGAAGUGCUGGUGGUGGCCCGCCAGGACGCCCGGGUGCACGACCGUCCCAAACGGGUGGCCGGCCGCUGCCUGUGGCGCCAGGUCGCGGUCGACCGGCUGCGUCGACACGAUGCCCGUGGCGCGGACCUCGUAGGCGACGUCGCCGGCCAGGUUGAACACCCAGGCCAGGAUGUACUCGUAGUUGGACACGGUCAAAAUCGUCUGCAGCACGAGCUCGCGCUGCCGCACCACGACGGCGCGGUCCGUGCGGUAGUUGGUGUGCUUCCAGGCGAUGCCGGCGUCCUGCUCGUGCACGCAGACGACGUUGGGCAUGGCGUGCGGCGCGCCGCCCGCGUCGGCCACCACGCCGUCCAUGUAGUAGAUGGCGCCGAGGCAGUCGCAGCCCAGCUGCAGGUUGUUGGCCAUGAUGCCGGCGCCCGCGUCGCCGAGGUCAAAGGCCUGCUUCUUGUGGAACGGGUGGCGCGGGUCCGCGUAGGGGAUGGCCAUGUCGCUGAGGCUGAGCCGGUAGAAGAGCGGGCGCCCGUCGUAGUGCACGUCGUACAGCACCAUGCCCUCGCGCUGGUUGAAGCCGACCUUGACGUCCCACUUCUGCCACGUCACGCGCCGGCCCAUGGCGCUGUACGCCGCCACCUGGAACGACGCGCCCUCGGGCUGCACCACGCGCAGCGGCUUGAGGUCCGCGCGCGGGUGCGCCUGCGCCUCCGGGAUGUACUCGCUCGGCGGCGCCGGCUGCCACGGCGGCAGGUCGUCCACGGUCUUCACGGUGGUGGCGUCGAGGCCCGUCGGCAGCAGGUCGAUGCGCACCACCGCGAGGGUCGCGCAGUCCACCACCGGCGAGAUGGGCAGCGGGAACGCGUAGUGGCAGCUGUCCGGCUCCGCCGCAUUGCUCGGAUCCCGCAUGUACAGGAAGCACUGCAUCACCCGCACGUCGUCGCGGAACAGCCCCUCGCACACGCCGUCCGAGCCGUAGAUCCACGGGUCCGACACCAGCACGGCGCCCGCCGGCAGCUGCAGCUUGGCCACGGCCGCGCGCACGCCCGGGUCCGCCAGCACCACCUGUUCAAUCGCCAGAAUCUCCUCGCCGUCGCCGUUGGCGUGCUUGUCCGCGGGCAGGCGCACGUUGCGCUCGAGCGUGCCCGUCGACAGGUUGGCCAUGGCCUCGUGGAACUUGUGGGUGUUGCGCAGGUAGUAGGCGACGUACACGCGGCGGGGAAUCACCGGCAGGGACGACGCGGCCGUGCCGGCGCGCUCGGCGGCCAGGUAGGGCACGAGCUCGGCCUUGGGCGGCUCCUGUAG